AUGGAACCCACGUGGGGAGACUGGAGAAAAGAGAACGAGCUUCUAAAGAAGCAGUCCACACACCUGUCGGUCAUCGGACUUAGUUGUGCCAUAUCAGCCCAUCGGUCGUUUUGCCAUGAUUUCGCCAUGGCACUUCGCGAAAGAGAAGGACAACGGCUACAACAUCCGGACAUUUUUACGCAGAAGACGGACUACGAUUUGUCCGCAUACUACAAUCAAGCACUUGCGAGAAAGGAACAACUCAGUCACUCGGACGGAGACGACAUGCCGACGAACUCGAUCAUUCUAGCCUUGCCGAAGGCAUUCGAGCGUGUGCGAACGGAGGUUGCCGCGGAAGAUUCAGUGAAGUUCGUGGUGUACAACCACCUUGACGACAUGGCGGAUCAAUUGAACAAAAUACCGAUUAGCGCAGCCAUGUUAUGGGUUUGGCCGGAGAAAAUGCCGCGGUCGGACCAGAUGAGAAGGAGCAUGCAGGCCGUCGAGAGACAUUUGCAGUGCGGAGGAACGCUAGACUGCUUCCCGCCACCUUUCGAGAAAAUGCGCAGGGACGAGUGGGAGGAACUCCGGAAAGUCUGCAUUGAAGUCGUGCGAAUGUUGACCGGGCCGGCCAGGGGCUUGAUUACAUUGACAUUCAUUAUGACAAAGCUUAUAUUCGUUUACGUUAUCUCAUUAAUAAUCAAUGGAAAUGAGAAGGCAAUGUGUUUCCUGUUAUUUUAUGAGCUCGCUGGUAUAAUUGGUACUGCACAUCUCCUGGGAAAGUUUAACAUUAAGGCUGGAAACUUCGGCGUAUGGAUGAGUCCCUCUUAUGCACUGUCGCAAGGAGUUCUGUUGCAAGGAAAGAUUGAUAAAAGAAAUAUUCUAUCUUUUUUUGUCCAUGGCAGUAUUUUUUUGCUCAUUUUAUAUAUGUAUGAAUAUCAGCUCGACAAGCUGACAAAAAUAUUUUGCAGAAAAACCUAUGUAGAGAAAAGUAACAUUCCUGACAGUGAAGACGUCAUCCAAGAAAGAGAACAUGUUCAGAACAAUGCUUCGUUAUUUACUCUGACAGUGCAGAACCUUACGAAGUACUACGGUUCGAAUUGUGCGCUCAAAGGUGUUACGUUUGGUGUUCGUAACGAAGAUUGUUUUGGCCUGAUUGGACCGAGUGGAGCUGGUAAAACUUCUGCGUUCGCGAUUAUUACUGGAUCACGUUUCGCAAACAAUGGGAGCGUCCACAUAGGAGAGCAGUACGUAAAUCGAACUCAGGGAAUCGGUUACUGCCCUCAAUUCGAUGCUGCGCUCCCGCACCUUUCUUGCAAGCAAAACAUGGUGAUUAUUGCAGGAAUAAUAGGUUACAAAGAACCAUCAUCAAUUGUUGAGCAAAUGCUUCGCUUCCUCGACUUGGAAAAACACGCCAAGAAAGCGUUCUCAAACUGCAGCGGUGGGCAAAGGAGAAGAGUUAACAUAGGAAUCGCGCUGCUGAAUCCAUCGAAACUUGUGAUACUUGACGAACCGACAGCAGGAAUUGAUCCAAAGACACGACGUCAUAUUUGGAAGCUGCUAAAACAGAUGCGUUCAAAAGGCAGAGCCUUAGUGCUCUCUUCACACUCGAUGGAGGAAUGUGAGGCUCUUUGUUCGCGCUUAGGUGUACUCGUUAAGGGGAGGUUUGUGGCGAUAGGAGCAAGUCAGACGCUCAAAUCAAAGUAUGCCAACAACUACUUCCUUCUCACAAUUUUAAAAUCACUUGAAGACAGAAAAAAGGUAAUAAACGCGGUUCUAUCUACAUUCCCAUCAAGCGAGCUGGUCACAAAACAAGAGGAUACAUUGAACCUCAAAUUCAAGAUUCCACGAAGAGAAGGGGACAAGCUUUCGGAACUCUACGAAAAAGCACAAACGAUGGCAACCUCACUCUCUCUCAGUGACUUUUCUUUACUACAGGGUUCACUAGAAGACGUUUUUGAGUUCUUGAACAAAAAGUACGGGGAAGAAAACCUUGAUGUUUGAACAAAUAGCUUUAAAUCUCAGAAAAUUAAUAUUUAUGUAUCUUCGAAUUAUGCAAUAAAUUUUUUGCGACUUAGAGCAUCUUUCAAUCACCGUUAUC